AACUGUGUAACUAAACGACUGAACUCUGAAGGCAUAAGAGAAAUUUAUAUUGGUAGAAUAGCGGGAAAAAAGUGAAAAACUGUGGCUAAUUUACGUUUUAUUAUUGUGUCAUGGUGAAAAGAUUAAUAUGUCUAUGCAAAUACAAGAAUGGAAUUAUGAGAAUUGUAAAUUUUGAGUUGAGAGAAUCGAGUUGUCGUUAGUUGAGGUUGAGACCUAAUAUUCGUGUAACUUUAAUAGGGAUAUUUGAAGAAAAGUAGGAAUCUUGUGGUUUAGUGAUAGGUAUAAAAAUCGAAUAAAAUGGGGAAUGUACUAGCUGCCUCUGUACCUCCUCCACCUUCGCCGCCACCUCCAACUUCAGGAUUACUUCCGAAUUUAGAAAAACCAGAUUUAUCUACGGGAUUGCACCCGUCUACCAAAUCCUCGGAUAGCUUAUCAAAUCCAGGCACGAUCGAGGAUCUUCAUAAAAAGUGUAAAGAUGUAUUCCCUGUUAAUUUUGAAGGUGCAAAACUAAUGUUCAAUAAAGGCCUUAGCAAUCACUUUCAAAUUUCCCAUACAAUAAAUAUGAGUUCAGUCGCACCGUCUGGAUACAGAUUUGGAGCAACUUAUGUUGGUACACAGGAGCCGGUACCUUCAGAAGCUUACCCAGUUUUACUAGGUGACAUUGAUCCAAGUGGAAAUCUUAAUGCCAAUAUAAUUCAUCAAUUUGGUCAGAGGAUAAGAGGGAAAUUAGCUACUCAAGUACAAAAAAGUAAAUUCACCGCUGUGCAAAUGACAACGGAUUAUCGCGGCGAUGCUUACACGUUGUCUUUCACGGUGGGCAAUCCAGAUGUAUUAAAUGGUUCUGGCGUUUUCGUGAUGCAUUAUCUACAGAGUAUAACACCUUCCAUCGCGUUGGGCGGAGAAUUAGCUUAUCAAAGAGGCCCUGCCAUACCAGGAGGUCAGGUUGCUGUUCUAUCAGCGGCCGGAAGGUAUACAUGCGAUGAUUCCACAAUCAGUGCUAGUCUAGGUUUUUCUGGUUGUCACCUUUGUUUCCAUCAAAGAGCUAGUCCGCAGUUGCAGGUUGGAGUGGAGUUGGAAAUAAAUUCUAGAAUACAGGAAUCCACCGGCACUAUCGCCUAUCAAGUCGAUUUACCAAAGGCCGAUUUAAUAUUUAGAGGGAGCGUAGAUACAAAUUGGUCAGUGGGUGCUGUAUUGGAGAAGAAAUUGCAGCCAUUGCCAUUCUCAUUUGCGUUAAGUGGAAUGAUGAAUCAUAGUAAACAACAAUUUCGGCUCGGCUGCGGUUUGAUAAUCGGUUAAGGCUAGGCAUUUAGUUGAAUAUCGGUCGAGUACAUAAUCUAGCCAAGCGAUGAGAAGGAGAGAAACGCAGGAGUGACUUGACCACUGCGUACCAUAAUUAAGGGAACGUUGUAAUUACUAUCGAUGAAACCCAAUUGAUUAUCUUCUUCUCGUUGAUUACCUCGUCUGUUCGCUAUUGUGUUUAUACGACCAUUUUGUUUGUUUAUUUUUUAUUAAAGAUACACCGUACCAACAGGG